CCGACACUCAUUCUACAUCCUUCAGCACCUCCAUUUUACCCUGCCAAAUAUAUCAGGAAGUAGCAGUCCUGGAAUGGGUCCUUGUUGUUGUUGUUGAUCCACAGAGCUAUCCACUCCACUACACUCACCACCUACCUGUAGUGUAAAGUUGUUGUAUACAACAUCUUAUUCAGCGGCAUCACACUUACAAAGCCAACGAUUCAUCCCGACAACGGGCACCACCACCCAUAGAAAUGGCAGGCCACGCCGCCAGCCCAGACUACGAUCCUGUGCGGGUAGAGAGCCUGGUCCUGCCCGCCGAGCAGGGCGGGCCGCGCGAGGUCAGCCUCGUCCGCGACGCCGCCGGCCACACCAUCUACCCUUCCUAUGUGCCACCCGUGACACAGUCGCCCACCAGUGCCAGUGCCUCGACACAACCCUCACAAUCUACAGCCAAGGAAGAGCCUUCGGCGGCCGGGCAGCAGCCAACACCAACACAGCCAAUCGGCAAGCAAUGGGCGACUACCGAGGAAGCCCGUCAGGACAGCGGAGCCGGCGCACCGGCGCCGGUGACGAACGUUUCCUCAGGGGUGCCACCGCCACCUGCUGAGGUCAGGGAUGCACAUGACAAUGGGUCAUCGAGCGACAGCAAUUCGUCCUCCUCGUCAGAGGACGAGGGCGAGAAGCACAAAGGCAAGAAGACUAAGAAGAAUAAGAAGAAGCGGUCCAGUGACCCGUACCGCCGCCUCCGCCUGGCAACGCCCGACUUCCUCACCAAAGGCCACAUCUCCAAGCGCGACGGCCGCCUGAGCAUCUCGCUGCGCGACACGAGCAACACAGGGUACCUGGCCAAAGCGCUGGGCACCGCCGCACGCAAAAUUGUACCGCCCACAGAACCACCCCGGGACACCGAUGGCGCUGCCGACGCCGCCGCGCCCUCCUCGUCGACAACAAUCACCCCGCAACAACCGGAACCCAUCCCAGAAGAAGAAGAAAAAGAAGCAGCAGGGCCCUGCCCGCGGCUGAACAUCGUAAUAAUGGUGAUCGGCUCACGCGGCGACGCGCAGCCGUUUCUAAAGAUUGGCAAGCUGCUGCAUGAGAAUUAUGGGCACAGAGUGCGCAUCGCGACGCACCCGGCGUUUCGCAAGUUUGUCGAGGAGGACUCGGACUGCCCGGGGCUCGAGUUCUUUUCGGUGGGCGGGGACCCGUCGGAGCUCAUGUCCUUCAUGGUCAAGAACCCGGGCAUGAUCCCGACGCUCGAGUCGGUCAAAGCGGGCGACGUGUCGCGGCGGCGGGCGGCCAUGGCCGAGAUGUUUGAGGGCUUUUGGCGCGCGUGCAUCAACGCCACCGACGACGAGCGCGACGUGAGGAACAUCAAGAUGAUGGGUCGCCGCGACCCCUUUGUGGCUGAUGCCAUCAUUGCGAAUCCGCCUAGCUUUGCCCACCUCCACUGCGCCGAGGCGCUGGGCAUCCCGUUGCACUUGAUGUUUACCUUCCCUUACACGCCAACGCAAGCGUUUCCGCAUCCCCUGGCGAGCAUCAAAAAGUCGAAUGUGGACCCGGGGUACACGAAUUUUAUCUCGUACCCGCUCGUUGAGAUGAUGGUCUGGCAGGGGCUGGGCGAUCUUGUGAAUGAUUUUCGCGUCAAGACCCUGGGGCUGGAUCCCGUCUCAACGCUGUGGGCGCCGGGAGCGACGUAUCGCCUUCAUGUCCCGUUCACGUACCUGUGGAGUCCGGGGCUGGUGCCUAAGCCGGAGGACUGGGGAGACGAAGUGGACGUGGCAGGAUUUGUAUUUCUCGACUUGGCAUCGUCAUUUACUCCGCCGGAUCCGCUUAGGGACUUCUUGGAAAACGGUGAGGAACCGCCUAUAUAUAUCGGCUUUGGCUCCAUCGUUGUUGAUGAUCCGGACCGGUUCACCGAAAUGAUCAUCGAGGCCGUCAAGCUGGCAGGAGUGCGCGCGCUCGUGUCCAAGGGAUGGGGUGGGUUGGGGGGCGACAGCCUCGAUGUGCCCGACAACGUGCUCUUGCUGGACAACACCCCACACGACUGGCUCUUUCCGAGGAUCAGAGCGUGCGUUAUUCACGGCGGGGCGGGGACUACUGCCAUCGCGCUCAAGUGCGGCAAGCCCACCAUGAUUGUGCCCUUCUUUGGGGACCAGCAUUUCUGGGGAACCAUGGUUGCAAACGCGGGCGCCGGACCAGAACCAGUGCCGUACAAGCAGCUGGAUGCAGAGAAACUGGCUGAGGGGAUCAAGUUCUGCAUCACCAAGGAGGCCAAGGAGGCUGCGGAGAGGAUCGCACGGUCCAUUGAGAAGGAGGGUGACGGGGCAGAAAAUGCCUGUAAGGCGUUCCACAAAAACCUGUUCAUGAAGGGGAAAAGGUCAAUGAGAUGCUCCAUUUUCCCCGACCAAGUUGCUGUGUGGCAGAUGAAAGCGACCGGUUUGAGACUGAGCGUGCUUGCGGCCGAGUUACUGGUGCAGAGGGGUUUGGUGUCGUGGAAAAAGCUGCGACUGUUGAGGCAUAACGAGUGGAAUGACUUUGAAGGACCCGGGGAACCGGUAACGGGGGUGGCUGGGUCCUUGAUGACUUCAGUAGGGGGCGUGGCUAAAGGUAUCGGUGGGGUACCGUAUCGGGUUGCCAAAGGAAUGAAGAGGAGGAGAGAAAGGAGAAAGAAGGACGGAGGGAAGAGUACUGGAUCAGGGGCCACUGAUGGCCAAAAGCCGGACGAUACAGGGUCUGGCGGUUCCGCCCAGCCCGACAAGCCCAACAACCAGAAUGAUCUCCCCCACGUCGAGACAUUGACCACCAAUGCUCUCCACCGCCGCGGAACCGCGGCUACCUUCGCCAGCAGCCCCGCAAAAGACGUCGUCCGCCAGGUCGGUCGUGGCGCAUAUAAAUCGGCCUCAGCACUGGCUCGCACGCCCGUUGACUUCACCUUAGCUCUCGCCCAAGGAUUCCAUAAUGCGCCCCGUUUAUACGGAGACGACACGGUACGUCGUCCGACGCGAGUAACUGGCAUCAAGUCGGGGCUGAGGGCAGCUCGCCACGAGUUUGUGUACGGGAUCUACGACGGAUGCACCGGCGUCGUAGGUCACCCGCUCCACGGUGCCCGUGACGGCGGGUUGAGGGGGUUCGUGUCGGGUGUGGGCAUGGGGUUAACAGGUUUUGUCCUGAAGGACCUUGCUGCGCUUAUUGGGCCGAUGGGUUACACCAUGAAAGGUAUUGUCCAGCAAGUCAGGCGGGGACGGCGGCCAGUGAAGUACAUCAGGAGAGCGAGAAUUGUGCAAGGGAAGAGGGAAAUUGAGGAUUUGGACACGGCUGAGAGGAGUGAAAGAGAGCACAAAGUCAUCUCUGGAUGGAGACUGAUGGGACAAUUGUGGGAGGAGAUGAGACGAGCGGAGAAAAAACAGAAAGGGAUGAGGGCAAUGCUUGGGGGUGGCAGGAGGAGGUUGAGGAGAAGUCGGGAAUGGAAUGCUGCAUUUGAAAGCGUAGAGGUCGCGGAGAAAGUGUUGAAUGCGUUGAAGAAAGGGGAGGGUCUCGAAGCUGUCCUAGCCAAGGACAUGGACAAGCCUGGAGCGUUGGCCGCUUUACCGGCUGCCAAAGAGAUGCCCAAGCCUGGUUCGGUGCCGGACAGAACGGCCGACAAUCUGGUGGAUCCGGACCCGGACACGGAGGCGGAAGAAGAAAACCCCUUCUCAGCGGCGACCCCGGCAAUCGCUGAGAACAAGACCGAGAACAAGGAGACAAUGGCGGCUCUUGACGGCCAAGCGGCCCAGGCCCUCACCUGAUAUUACUU